AUGUCGGGGGGCUACCAGAGCGGUGAUCUGCCAGCUUUGAAGUGGCUGAUCUUCGGCUGCGGCGGCGUGGGGGGCUACUUCGGCGCCCGCGUGGCGCAGGUGAAGGGCCAGAAGGUGAGCUACAUCGUGCGGAACAAGGCGCUGGCGGCGCUGAAGGAGCACGGGGUCAAGAUCACCUCCAUCUGCGGGGACGUGCAGGUGCCCGCCAGCGAUCUGGGGCCCAUCUUGGACUCCCAGGCGCUGGACAAGGAGGAGCGCUUCGUGGCGGACGUGAUCAUGCUGGGCUGCAAGGCCUGGGAGGCCGCGGACUGCCUCAAGGCCUGCGAGCCCUGGUGUGGGCCCAACACCCUGGUGCUGCCCCUCCAGAACGGUGUGGAGGGCCUGUCCAACAUCAAGGACAUCGUGGGUUCCUGGGGCAAGGGCCAUGCGCUGGCAGGCUGCUGCAACAUCGUCUCGGCCAUCGCGGAGCCCGGGCACAUCCGGCACUGGGCCGCCAACCCCCCGUACAUCACCUUCGGAGAGUUCACCGGAGAGCCCACCGAGCGCACCAAGCAGGUGAAGGCCGUUUUUGACGCUGCGCCCGGCAUGGAGGGCCAUCUGGAGGCGGAUGCGCUGGCCAAGAUCUGGGAGAAGUUUUGCUUCAUCUGCUCCACCACGGCGGUGCAGGCCACCACCGGCCCCCACGCCACCCAGGACGUGAUCCCCCAGAUCCCGGAGCUCUGCACCACCUGGCGGGCCGCCAUGUGCGAGAUCAUCGCCCUGUGCCACAGCUACGGCAUCGCCUACGAGAUGGAGCAGCUAGAGAAGCGCGUGGAGGCGCUGACGGCUGCGGUGGGCGCCACUACCAGCUGCAGCCGGGACCUGUGGAACGGCAAGCCCUCGGAGGUGGACGACUUGCUGGGCUCGGUGGUGCGUAUGGGCAAGGAGCAAAAGGUCCCGGUUCCCACCAUCUCCGCUUGCUACGGCACGCUGAUCAUGCGGGACCGCCUGGCGCGGGGCGUGGAGCUGCCUGGGGUGAAGUGCCCGGAGAAGGGCCACCGUAUCCUGGGCCCCGCCUGGGGCAAGCCCCAGGACUAG